AUGGGGGAGGAGAGGAUGACGGCGAAGCCCGAGGCCGUCGAGCUGCCAGGAUUUGUGAUGAGCGCCGACGAGGCGGAGCGCGCGGCCGCGGCGGCCGGCGUGGAGACGGUGGAGGACCUGCUGCCCCUGCUGAUCCCUUCCGCGAUGCGGCGCGCGCGCCCCCCGAUCUCGCGGUUCCCCGUGGGCGCCGUCGGGCUGGGCGAGAGCGGGCGCGUCUACGCCGGCGUGAACCUCGAGUUCGUCGGCGCCCCUCUCUCCCAGGCGGUCCACGCCGAGCAGUUCCUCAUCGCCAACGCCGCUGCCGCCGGGGAGCCCGCGCUCCGCGCCAUCGCCGUCUCCCACAUGCCCUGCGGCCACUGCCGGCAGUUCCUCCAGGAGAUCCGCGGCGCCGCCGGGAUCCGCAUCCUGGUGACCUCCGACGCCGCCGACGGCUGCGCGGCCGAGUGGCGCUCGCUGGCGUCGCUCCUGCCCCGCCCCUUCGGCCCCCACGACCUCCUCCCCAAGGACGCCCCCCUCGUCCUCGAGCCGCACGACAACCGUCUCGGCGAUCCCGUUGACGCCGCCGCCAAUGGCUUCGCCGCCGGCGACCUGGAGGGGCGCCUGAAGGAUGCCGCGGAGGCGGCGGCGCGCGCGGCGCACGCGCCGUACAGCGGGUGCCCGUCGGGGUUCGCGGUGGCGGACGGUGAAGGGAAGGUGUACGCCGGGGGCUGCCUGGAGUCCGCGGCGUACAACCCGACGCUGGGCCCCGUGCAGACGGCCAUCAUUGCGAUGAUUGCCGCCUCCGGCGGCUCCGCCGGCGAUGUGGUGGCGGCAGCGCUGGUAGAGAAGGAGGGGGCGGUGGCGGCGCAGGAGGCGACGGCCAGGGUCUUCCUGGCCGCUGUGGCGCCGCAGGCGAGCUUCCACGUGUACAAGUACAGGUCGUCCGAUGUGUGA